GGAUUUAAUAGUAACUCAAAGAUUUGAACUGUUGAGUGACAUUAAGGCUUAGUGCUUCAGUUACCAUUCUCAUGACCUUAUGCAAUAAAGAUAAGAAAAAUUGCAUCAUGAAUCAAAGUUUAACUAGUGCGUUCCAUGAGGAAGUUACGAGGUGUUUCACUUUUGAAGAAUGUCUCAAAAAUGUGGGUGAUCAAGUAAGACUUACAGACGGACUACAAAAUUUUGACUCCAAACAAUGUCUGGAGUCACUACUGAAUAUAUACACAUUUCCACCAAUACACUGGUUUCACAGUAGUUUAUAUGGAGCGUUCAUGGAGGCUUUAGGUAUAAAAGACCGGAAACAUUCUGCCGAAAAUUACAACCUAGAUGUGCUUGAAGAUGAAGAUAUAAGUUAUGCAUUUGACCAUCAUUCGUUGGUAACGUCUCAGCUGCCUGACUCAUAUGAUGAUAUCGUGCAAACUGCUGAUGAAAUUAUUAAGGAGAUCGAUAUACUUAUGAAUAAUGAAGAUAUCCCACUGUCAUUGUGCAGUAUGGUUCAGUCGGAAUGUGAACAAGCGUUUGUAUCAGAAAAUAUCCGGAGUAGCUGGCUGCACGAAGAAGCCCUUCAAGAUCUUUCUCUCAAUGAGCUUAAUGCAGUUUUGGAAGAGCUAGAAUCAUGCGUACGGGAAUAUUCUGCUAUUCUUGUUCAGGAGCUGGCAUAUCGAGAAGAACUAGAUUUCGAACAAGAGCAGAAAGAUAUAUUUAUUGCACGCCUAAAUGAGUUACAUCGACGUCUCGAGCGUAAGCGUCGUUUAAGUGUUCCACCUGAUAGUCAUUUGCAAAUGCUGUCAAAUUCCAUAAAAAUGAAUGAUUAUGGUGGGCAAUGUUCAGGAGUUGGUCAGAAUGCUCAAUAUGGAAGCAAAGCAUUGUCAUCAGGGACUGUUCAGAAGGAAACUGUACAGUUUAUUCUGCGUGCACAAUCUGCAGCUCAGGCAGCGGUUGCUGCAACAUCAUGUGCUACAGUAGCCCUGAAAAGACAUUUUCAAAGACUGAGUACGUUUUCAAAAGAUGUCGCAGCUACAGUGGCAAAACAACAGGAUGCACGCGAUCCCAUCCAUACACCAUCCAUUCUGUCAGAAAAAGACAACCGAACUUAUUCAACGACUACGUCAGCUCGAGCAAUUGCUAUUUCUCGUCUUCGAAAAUGGGCUAGCAGAAAAUUAGAAGGAUCAUCAGGAAUGGGACAGACUAAUAGUUUCAGGGCUUUUCUCCGCCGUCGACGUCAACAGAAGGAAACAGCAACAAAUAUUUUUCUACGUAGCCGAGAAGCUCGUUCUGCUGUUACAAGCCCCACAUCAUCACAUUGUGAUUUUCCUUCAAUACCUACGAAUUUAACACAUUCUGCCUCCGGUCAUUUGAUCGGACGACCUGAAACAAGUUCAGAUGAUCUGGAAUACAAGUAUUUAACUACAUCGGUUCCCUAUCAUCGAUCUCCCUAUAACGAAGGACCUACUGUCAAUCAGUUGGAACUAUUCAACGAAAUGCUUUUGGCUAUUCUUACGAAUAAUCCAAAUCUAACACCUAUGCUUACUGAUUACAUAUUAAAUGUUUACGCCCCAGCAGACCGUCGACUAUCAAAACUUCCUCUAUAAACCAUCAGAUCUGUUGAUCAUCAUUGGUUUGAUUAGCAAUCAAAUAUGAAAAGCGUCUGGUCAUUUUCUAAAUAAUUUCGAAGUCGUUUCGUUUGUUUUCGUCUCUUCAGAGUGCUUCUCUUUUCUACAGCCCAUAGCUUUUGGUCUUUAGCUCCACCUUCUUUUGAGUCAUAAGCUUUGCUUAGUUCUAAUUUUCUUUCAGUUAUCAAGUCUUCAAAUUGAUUUCUGCAUAAAAACUAUUUUUUUCUGUGUGCUUUACUUGUUAUCUUCACAAUUUUUGCAUAUUAUUCGAAGAACAAAUAAUUAUAAUGAAAACACUAGGCGUACAUUAACAACUUUACUGCUUAUGAAAACUAUUUAUCUCAAAAUAUGUCUGACUCUUUGUUAGGUCGCUUAAAACAUUCUAUUUCGUUAAUGUAGUGCAUAAGUGAUUUUGGUUAAACAAGCCAUUUAUUACAGGCAGGACGUACUACCUGGUCAAUGCAUACUUAUUGAAGCGAAAUUUGUUUGUCAAUUAAUAUUUUACUGAUUACUUAUAAUCUUUCAUAUUCCUUUCUACCACUACCCAUUCUGUUUCACUCUUAUACUUGUCAGACUGUAUUGAUUCUCUUCACUCAUCUUCUUGUCUACUUCUGUGUGCUAUUUGGAACGUGGCAACUCGAACUGCUGCACUUCAGUGCCAAGUUCUAUGUUGAAUCCAGGCAGAUUACUUAUAAUAUACAUAAUAUGUCAUAUUCCAGUUUAUAUUUAGUGUUAUUUUGUUUAAAUGUUGUCCAGUUAACCGAUUAGUAUUCCAUAGUUGUUGUAUACAUUUUUGGCAUUUUUCAAAAUAUCUCCAGUGGAAUCUCAAUUAUCAACUAACUUUCUAUGCUAAGCAUAUAUUUUUUAACCAAUACUUUUCAUUUUCGCUUUUACUCAUCUUCAUUGGAAUCGAGUAAUUUAUAUUGCAUAUAUAUAUAUAUAUAUAAUAUUUGCUACUUUACUGUUUGCAUUUAGACUGUGAACUCUUUUAUGCAUUUAAUUUUAUGAAAAUUACUUACAUUAGAAAAAUACAUCGACUAUUAUCAUUUUGAAAUUGUUUUUUCUCGGUGGAAAAUAAAUCAUUAGGUCACAUCAA